AUGCAUGGCCAGGCGUAAAUGCAACAGGGUUUUUUGGGGGUCCUUUAUUUAUUUUGCAAGCAAAUCAAGAACUUCACAUCUUUAAAUGCCCCAAAUCCCAAAAAGAAGGAUUCCAGCCUUGAAAUAGAGGAAAGGAAGGAAUACAGCCCCUGAGCAGCGACAAAUCCAGCCGGCUGACAGGAACCGGAUGUCAUGGCAGAGGACAACGAACUGUUCGUGAAACUCGUGGAAAACGGGGGCGAAACCUUGGAGGCGGAGGCACAGGGCAGCCCCACAGAGCCGAGUACCUUACUGCAGAAACUGAAAGGCGCCAUCUCGAAGUCUGUCCAGAGCAAAGUCGACUGCAUACUGCAAGUUGUCCAGAGAUUUUCUGAUCAUGCCAAACUUUAUCUCUACCUCCAGCUGCCUUCCGGUCCAAGUUCAGCAGAGAAAAACUUGGACCUCACAUCCCUGGGCUCGGUUGAACACAUGCACGCCUGCACCUGGAUCCGGAAUCACCUGGAAGAGUACCCGGACACCUGCCUGCCCAAACAAGACGUGUACGAUGCCUACAAGCAGUACUGCGAUGACCUCUGCAGACGCUCUCUGAGCGCCGCGAAUUUCGGUAAGAUCAUCCGGGAGAUCUUCCCGAACAUCAAGGCGAGGAGACUGGGCGGACGCGGGCAGUCGAAAUAUUGCUACAGCGGGAUACGGAGGAAAACGGUGGUCCACAUGCCUCCUCUUCCCAGCCUGGAUCUUAAAGAAACCGAGACGCCGGAGCGGGUGGAAGUGGUCCAGUCUUACAACGACGAAGUGAUGGACGCGGCCUGCGCCUUGACCUGCGACUGGGCCGAGAAGAUACUCAAGCGGUCCUUCAACAACAUUCUGGAGGUGGCGCAGUUCUUGAUCCAGCAGCAUAUCAUCAGCUCUCGUUCGGCGCACGCCGAUCUCGUCAUGGCCAUGGUGGUCUCAGAGACUGCGGAGAGCCACAGGGAAAAACGGGCCCCUCAAACCGCAAAAAAGGUUGAGCCAGAAACACCGGAGAAUACAUCCAAAACACAGCCUCCGGCCAAAACCGAAAACGCCCCCAAGCCCAUGGCUGCAGCGCCGCGGAGCGAGGCAAAGAAGGCCACGGACGCCCCUGCCAAGCCAGCCAGCCGCCCGCAGGUCAACGCCUUAGUGGCCCGCCUGCCCUUGCUGCUGCCCCGGGUCCGGGUCCAGCCCGGGGACCGUUUGGUGGUGGCCCCGGGAGCUGCGGCCAUGCACGCCUCUCCCCCUGUCUUGGCGCCCAAACUGACGCCCGCACCCAUCGGGGGGACGGUCAAAAUGGCUCUCUCGGUGAGCCCGGCCUCCUCCGCUCUGCUGGCCCCGGCAGUGAAUGCGCCCCCCGGCCUGGUGGGCCAACAGGGUGCCGUCCCGGUCAUCAACAUGAUGCCAGUCAUCAACGUGGCGAUGCCCCCCCGGGCUGAGAUCCCGCCGAAGUUCAAGAGUCUGCCUAGCGCCGGAGGGGUGAAUGGGUGCGAAGCUGGGCGGAGUCCCUGCGAGCCACAGAAAGCCAAGGCCCCCAGCAAGCGGCCGGCGGAUACAUCCGAGGAGGCGACGGUGAGGAGGAAGCGUGGCCGACCCCGGAAGAAGUUGGAUGAACCGGAGCCCCCUUCGUCGGAGAAGAAGACCGCUGAAGAGCGGUCGACCAAACCCGAGGCCGACUCCGACAUCAUCGUCGUCACCGUGGGUUACGAGGAUCGUGCCGCUUCCUCCUCCUCCUACCGGAGGGCGCAAGAGGAGAAACCAGAAGUGGACGCGCUCCGGGUGGGAGAAGCCGUGCGGCCGCCCCUGCAGGGCCCCAGUGGGGAGGGCCCCGCCAGGCCCAACAGCCUCAUUGUCAGUCCUUCCGCAAAAGCGACUGUCCAGCCCUCCCAAGUGAGCGUCAUCAAAGGCCGGAAGCCCAGCCCUCCUAUCCUGGCCAAAGAGACAGGAAGCGACUCGCAGGAGCCUUUGCGGCUGGCUCAAGGCGCGCCGGUGCCCGGAAGCAGCGCCCCGGCGUCCACGGCGAGGGACUCGGACGAGCCGGGGCGGUGCAGCUCCUCGGAUUCGGAGCUCCAGCCCACCGACCUUUCCCUCGGCAAACUGCGCCCGCCAUUUCCCAAGGAUUGCUCGGACGCCGCCAACUUGCGGGCGUCGUCGGUGCGUUUGCACCGGAUCAGCUCAGACCAGGGGAAGGCAACGGAGACCGCCAGCCACCCGUCGACGCAGGCCCCUAGUCGAUAACACACACCCCGCCAUCGCUUCCCAACGCCAAGCUCCCCCCCCUACAAAAGACAUCCGCGCGCCCCACACUGCCUGCUUUUAAUGCACGAGCUUAGAAAAAAAGAUAGACAACGUUCGCUUGCUAUACGACGUUUCAUCAUGCAUCGCCCUCCACGAUAUUGCAAGGUUACGCCCUGCCAAGUUGCUUGUGUGUCUCCCCCCCCUUCGCGGGUAUCAGAAAUAACUGGUUCCUUCUCCCAUCCUUUCUGGAAAAGUCAAACUUCUGCAUAAUGGGGUGUUAAAAAAUGGAGGCAAGUUUAAACCAGGCAGAAGGCAAAAAAGCCUAUCGAAGAGUUAUAUGACACCCCCCCUCCCAAUUUCCCAAAUCCCUUUCCUUGGACUUCCGUGUUCGAGCCAAUGUGAACUUUCUGGAUUGUGGAGAAAGAAUUCCACCCCCUCCAGUUUGACAUUUUCAUGAGAAAAAUGACAUGUUUUCGGAUCGGGCCCCCCAAGAGAAAAGGCCGUUGCGUUUCGGGUUCCCCUGCUCCCAUUUCUGCUGCGACGUUUAGUGACAAUCAUCUCACAGCCAACAUCCAAAGAGUUUUGCUUUCUUCCCGACUUCUGGCGCUUCCGCUGGCAUUUUGCGUGCGGCGUUAAUAAUAAAAUAAAAGGGGGGGGUGUUUUGCCAUAAUUCCCCCGUUUCUUUUGUAUUGGUUUAUUUGGGGUUGGAAAUCUCUGCUGAUUCUAUCCCCCCCUUCCCCCCCUAUUUUCUAACGCUCUCCUUCCCUUCUGUAAUUUUGGUUAUAAAUACUGAAUAAACACAUGCACAGAUUUUA